AUGGGUGGACGCGUUAGUCGUGGCCGAGAUAACCAGUCGCUUAUUGACGAGUUAGUGAAUAGUGGGCUCAAAUUAAAUCCCGAGGUUGAACGCUCACUACGGUUAGUUGAUAGAGGAGGUUAUUUCGAUGAAAAGAGCCCACGAGCGUACAUGGAUUUGGCUUGGAGAUCGGGUUCGCUUCAUCUUUCAGCUCCUAGUAUUUACAUUGUGGCGCUCAAAAACCUGGAUAUCCAACCAGGGAACUGCUUUUUAAAUGUGGGUAGUGGUACAGGAUACCUUAGUACGGUAAUUGGAUUGUUGUUGGGCCAUAAUGGGAUUAAUCAUGGUAUUGAAGUAAAUGACUUUAAUAUCAACUUUUCACGUGAGCAUUUGGCAGCCUUCAUGUCUGAAUGCGACGCGCCGUUUGAACGAUCAUUUUGCCCUCCAGUUUUCCUACAUGGAAAUAUUUUAGAUUUAGUCGUCCCCCUGGAUCAGCCUUCAGGCUUAAAUGAACACCUCAGUGUCUUUCUGCAAUCCUCUUUGGCCUCUCAAUCUGAAAUUGUUCAUAAUGAUUCUGAUAGUCAGUCAAAUGUUAAUAUAAUUAACUCUUCAAGCCUUCACGCUUCUACAGAAGAAAGACAAGGCCACUCAUCAGAAGUAAUGGAAGUAGAAGAGAAUGGACUUAUGGAUGAAGACAAUACCAGUGAAAACAGUGGUCACAAUGAGGGAGAUGGAGAAGGUGAUAGUGGCAGUGAUCCUGUCAGCUGGGAAGAAGAUUUUACUGUUGACCUACCACCUUGCAUUCAUUUUGAUAAUUCAUCUUCUAAUCAACAAAAUUCUGAUGUACUACGCUGGCCAGUGUACGAUCGAAUAUAUGUUGGGGCUGCAGUUACUAAUCGCAUCCACUUACAGUCUAUACUUCGACUGCUCAAAGUCGGUGGUAUUUUAGUUGCACCCUACAGAGAUAAAUUCAUGAAAAUCAGGCGAGUUGAUGAAAACAAAGUAACUGCUUCCGAAUUGAUGUCAGUCACCUUUGCAACACUUCUUCCAUCCAUAAUAGGCUCAAGGAAGAAAGUAGAACCACCCCCUAAACAAGAAGUUACACCGUUGGAACAACUCGCUGCACGUCUUAUUCGUAGACUUCUACGGCAGGUAAUAGAGUAUCGUCACAAUGGGCCACCAGUUCUUGGACGUAUGGAAGAGAUAGAGGUAGAUGAAGGUGAAAUGAAUGAAACCUGUGAUAUGAGUGAAGAGUUAGAAUCUUCAGUGGAUACUGUUGACGUAGAAGAAUCGGAUGAAAUAAACAGGGAAGGUGGUGUGUUACGAUCUAGAAGUCCAUGUGGCAGUCCAACAUCUGCACGGAACUGUCCUAUGGCACGCUUUUUACAUUAUUUAAUAAAUCAUGCAGAGAUAGGUCAAGGACGCGAUCCACUAAAUGAAGAAUCUGAUCAAAAUACUACAGAAUUUCAGCGCAGCCAUUCGCCUUAUCUCCAACUCAAUUUUCGUCGGUUUUUGAGUGGGGUCGGUGGUUCUAUCAUCGCAACAGCCACUGGUCAUGAACGUUCAUAUGGUCGUGGAGGAAGCCGAAUCAACAGUAUACUAAACACACGGGCAUCAAUAAACAGUGAACCAAUAUCUGAUGAGCAGCAUGAAGACAAAUCUAUACCGCGUAAAAAAAAGAAAAAUAUCGUUGGGUUCCUCCAAGUUAUACUUAUAAAGAAGAAAUGCAACGUAUACUCUCUAAAGAAUUGCGUCUUGGAAAACCUUUGA